UACAAUGUGCAAGGACUGUGUGAAACGACCCUUUCCAGACAGGGGUAGUUUUUGUUUGGAGAAUGGUGCUUACCUUGUUAACCUACAGAACUGCUCUAAAUGCUUGAAAUUAGAUCCAGGAUUGGAAAACUAUGGAAGAUCAGUUGGUGAAGAGGAUGAAAGAGAAGAUAUAGAGUACAAUCAUAUUUGUAAGCAAUGCAAUCAUGUGAUUUCUCAACAUAAGGUUAGAAUUGUGUACUUUUUAAUUUUUAUAUUAUUUAGCGUUAGCCUUGAGUGAUUGAUCUUGAUAUGCA